AUGGGAUGGUUAAAAAAACAUAUAGAAAUUCUUCAUUCCGAUGAAAAAGUUAUUAGUGCUUUUAAGCAUUUAGAAGAAAAUAUCAAAAGAUCCCAAAUUUCUAAUGAUCUUUGCGAAGAUGAAAAGAAAUUUGUCCAUGAUAGAAAAUUCUACAUUCGUGAAGCUUUCGCAAAAUACGUUGGUGUUGAAGUUGAUGAGAUCCAUCCUGAUGACAUUCCUAUAAUUGCAUUAACGGGUAGCGGGGGUGGGUUUAGUAUCAUUGAUGCUGUAAAAGUUUUUAAUGCACUUGCUGAUACUUCUGCUCCACAAGGAGCUGUUGAACUAGCUUUUGGAGGUUUAGUUCAGAAAAAAGACUCUGGAAUUCAUUUAUCACUUGUAGAUAUCUAUGGCGCAUUAUUAGGCGCAAAGUUGUUAAUAGGUCAUGAUCCUACUAUUCAGUCCUUAGACUUUAAAAUGAGUUCACAAAAGAAAUACGUAGAGGGUGGAAAAAAACCCUUACCAUUAUAUGCAGCAAUUUACAAUAAUCGUCCAUGGAAAGAUUACCUUGAGCCAGAAUAUGCAGCUUUAAUUCCAGAUUAUGAACAAGUCUUAGAAAGACACAAAAUGAAAAAUGGUUAUUUUCAAUGGUACGAAUUCACACCUUUUGAAUUUGGUUGUGAGGAAUUUCCUGGUGACUUACUAGGAUCAUCACCAGCUGGGACACUUAAGUUUGAUCUCCGAGAGUUUGAAAUGACUCUCCCUGAUGGAAUAAAAUCCGAAUUUGGGAAAAUAUCUAAAGAAGUACAAGACAAACUCGGUGAACAUGAGAAGGAUGUUUUUGAAAGAAUUCAUCUAAUCCCACCAACAAAUAAUCAUAAUUAUUCUUAUCAUCUUUAUCCACCACCAUAUGAACUUGGUAUUAACAGUUUACGAAAUCUUCCAAUCUUAGAUCCAGCACCUAGCAAUGAACUUCCAAUGUAUCCAUUAACUAAUCCAAGUCGAAAAAUUGAUAUAAUUGUUGGUUUUAAUUCUGCACGUCAAGUAAUUGAACAUGAAUUAUUUGAUGAACAACAAAUUGAAUUUUGUAAAAGACGAGGUUAUGAUAGAAUUGCUCGAGAUAUUUCUAAUAAACAUUGCGAGAUUUAUGAUUAUAUUCCUAAUGGUAAAGCAACUGGUCAUAAUCUACAAGCCACAAAUCCAACUGUAUUUUGUCAUAUGCCAUUUUUGAAAAAUGAUAAGGUGGAUCCUACAUUUGAGCCACUUAAUGCAAAUUUUACAAAUACUGCAAAUUUUGUUUAUACAACUGAACAAGUUAAUUUAAUGUUUAACGUAGCAAAACAAAAUUGA